UCUGCAGGUUAGUCCAGGUAUUUUCUUGCAUAUGUUCAGAUAUGUUGACUUUAACCUAUACAUCGAAGGCCAAACAGAGUUAAAACACCAACAGAGUGUAAAUCAUUUACCUCAGAACACGGCCAGAGUUCAUCUGACCCCUCAGGUUCAUCAGGUCAACGUGAAGAUGAUGACAUAUUAGUGCCCCUUUCAUCACCACGGUGCUGAACUAAUGUGAACUCUACUAUAGAGGACUAAGGAGCUUUUAUGGAUAGUGGGAAACUGCAUCAGACUGACGUGGGGCCAAGAGGCCAACACCAGCGAUAACUUUAACAGACUCACUAUGGUCUAAAACCCACAAUAAACAUCUGAGAUGAGCAUUAGUUCUCCCUCGUGCCCUCAUCCGUGACUUCAUUAGCAUGAAAUGAACCUGAAAUAAACUCCACCAAACAGGAGAGCACUUGUAAAUAGUUUUGCCUUUGGAGCCGGUUACAUUGGUGUUGGGACUGGAGGUUGGUUGUUGUGGAUAUGAUGGUGUCCUUCCAGAUAAGACGCUGCAGAAUGAAGGAAAGGAGGACAUCUCGUCUUUCUUCGUUCUGCGUCCUCCUGGAUCGUCGCUUCCUCUGCCCCAUUUCCCUUCGGUGACUUUUUAACUGAGUAGGGCACGUGGCAUUUGACAUGGGUGAAUGGGACGUGCUGGGACGCCUGCUGGAUAAAGUCCAGAGCCACUCCACGGUGGUCGGCAAGGUCUGGCUCACGGUGCUGUUCGUCUUCCGCAUCCUGGUCCUCCGCACUGCUGCCGACAAGGUGUGGGGCGAUGAGCAGUCUGACUUUGUGUGUAACACCCAGCAGCCCGGCUGCGAGAACGUCUGUUACGACGACGCCUUCCCCAUCUCGCACGUCAGAUUUUGGGUUCUCCAGAUCAUCGCCGUGGCGACGCCGAAGCUGCUCUACCUGGGUCACGUCCUUCACGUGAUUCACAUUGAGAAGAAGCUGAAGGAGCGGAUGAUGAGCCACGCGGCGCUGGACGACCACGCCAGCCUGUUCUUCAGGAGGGCCUUCCAGGUCCCCAAGUACACCAAGAGCAGCGGCAGGAUCAGCAUCCGCGGCCGCCUGCUGCGCAGCUACGUCCUCCACCUCAUGGCCAUGCUCCUCCUGGAGGCGCUGUUCCUCGUGGGCCAGUACCUCCUGUACGGCCUCACCCUGGACACCCGCCACGUCUGCACCCGCUUCCCCUGCCCCCACAAGGUGGACUGCUUCCUGUCCAGGCCCACGGAGAAAUCGGUCAUCAUCUGGUUCAUGACGCUCUCGGCGGUGGUCUCCCUCGUCCUGAGCCUGGUGGAGCUGUUCUAUCUGUGUGUGAAGGCGGUGAAGGAGUGCAUGGCCCGGAGGCAGGACUACACCGUGACCCCCGUGACCCCGGCGCCUUCCGAGAGGAGCGCCUUCAGACGGCGCGACGAGAUGAUUCAGAACUGCGUCAACCUGGAGCUGGAGCUGCAGGGGCGGAAACUAGGGGCGAACGGGACGGUGGGCGGCGAGGGUGCAAACAAGGGGCCGGGCGAGAACAACAUGGGGGAGGUCCACAUCUGAAGCCCCGAGGUCCGAGGUCCGGUUGGGUUUGAGCGCUGUGGCCUUGAGGGGACGGGGGGCGAGCGUGUAGAUUAGAGCAAAGGACGGCAGCUUCUGCAAACAGGACUCAGUCACACGCAGAACGUUGACUCCAAUGCUGUUCAGUGGCACCAAACACAAAUAUCUGAGUCCAAACGCUGCUGACAGACACUUUAUUAUUAUGAAAUGAAAUGAAAUCCACCUGCACGAGUGACACAAUAAAGCUCCUGUCUGUCUUUUC